UCAUCCGUGAUACCCAUAUUUCCCUGUAUUGUGCGAGUCCAUAUUCGAAUCGCACUCGCCCAGGUCUAGAUGACCCUGUAACGGAGCCGGGUUGCGGCCUGAAUACCUACUACACCGUGCCCGCUUGGAAAUGUGGCAUUAGCCGGAGAGAAGUCGGUUAAAAGAACAGGAGUCGGCUGCUCAUUCUCAGCAUCUAGAGCUUUCAAUUCCUUCUGCCAAAAUCUCAAAAACACAACUCGACACCUAGCGGAUCUAACUGGCCCGAUAUCUUUGUCAAGAUCCAACCAUCCAUUCCCAUCCUCCACAACCGCCAUGGCCGGCAUCCUGCUCAAGGGGGCCGGCGUCGUGCUGGUCGCCAUCGUCGCCGUACUGUUCCCGACCCUACAGCUCACGUGGAAGGCCUUCGGCUACGGCCGGGUGCUUCAGCCCGUCAGUGACUUCCCCUACACCUGCCGUCGCAUCGACCAGCAGCCGCGCCUCAGGGCCUGCGAGGACAUGUGGCUGUCCGAGGCCACGAGGCAGCUGUUCCUCGCGUGCGGAGACCCCAUGGCGAGGCCACACUGGUCCCCCGUCGUCCAGGACUUGAACUGGGAGGGCCGCUCCAAAAUCGACGCCAUCGUCGCCCUGGACCUCGACAAGCCCGGGCCCGACGGCUCCUUCGAGCACAGGGUCCUGCCGCUCAGGGGCUACACCGGCAACGAUCAGGGCAGGAUCUUCAUGAACGGCAUCGACGGCGCCGACAAGGUCCAGGAGGGCGGCACGGUCAAGGUCACGCUCGCGCUCACCAACUUCGGCCCGUCGGUCGACCCGGCCACGGGCGCCGUGCUGGACCAGCGCCGCGUCGGCGCCAACGCCACCAUCGAACUCUUCGAGACCGGGGCCGGGGCGCGGGAGCUGAGGCACGUCCGCACCUACGCCGACGCGGACGGCAUCACGAUGCCCAACCGGCCGGCCCUCGUUGGCGCGGACGCGGACGACGGCUUCUACGUGACAAACGAGAGCAGGGAGCGGGCCGGGCUCAAGGCCAAGCUCAACUUCUUCAUCCCGCACGGCAACGUGGUCUAUUGCCCGGGCCGUCGGGGGCGCGCGGACUGGAGCUGCCGCGAGGUGGCGGGCGGGCACCGCUUCCCCAAUGGCAUCCACCGCGCCCGCAACGGGCUGGUGUACGUGCCGGCCAGCGGCGACAUGGCCAUCACCGUGUACCGGGAGGUCGUCGUCACCACCGAAGGGCCCGACGGGGCGACGACGAGGACGAGGACGCUUGACAAGGUCGCCUUCCUCGACCUGGACGGCUACUCGCCCGACAACGUGUCCGAGGACGCCGACGGCGACCUCUGGGUCGCCACCUUCCCCAAGCCCCUGGACGCCAUGGCCAUGACGAGCGACCCGCUCAACUACUGGCCCCGCUCCGCCGUCUUCCGCCUCCGCAGCUCCACCGACGAGGGCGGCAAGGUCUCCCUGACGGCCGACAAGAUGCUCGAGGACAGGGACAAGGAGGUGCUCCCCGGCUCCACGACCGUCGUGCACGACGCCAAGACCGGGCGGCUGUUUCUCUCGGGAAUCGCCACCCCCUUUAUCACGGUAUGCGAUCCGAGAUAAUACCUACUUUAUUCUUUCGAACGCCCGCAUAUGGGAUGAACAUUAAGGCAAGGAUCAUGACAUCUCUCCGUUGGGCUCCCGGGUUGCCCAGGGUGCCAUGAGCCCAUCGGGGCAGAGCUGCAAGGUGGUGGAGCGGUUUGCAUGAUGAGAAUUUACAGCCUGGGAGCUGGGGGCAACCGCAAUGAAUGAAUAUGUGAGGCAUAUAUACAGAAAGCAUUUAUAUGCCAUGUACGCCAAAAAUAGGCACUCAGGCAUGGAGGCAGGCAAUAUAGACAAGAGAAGCGAAGUGCGUACAACCGUGCAAUACCGGG